AUGUCCUAUGCGAUGACCUACAACCCUCAGUUUGACUGGUGGAAUCAACCUGUCGACAACACUCACCGGCUAUCCAUUGCUCAACACUGUCGCUCUGGCAGUGUUCAUGCUUCGCAGUAUUCUUUGCAGCAGCAAGAUGGCUCAGAAUUCUUCACACCAGCUCAAGUCAACGAUGUAUACCAAAGCACUCAAGGUGUGCCUAAUUACUGGGUCAGUGAUUUGCCUCACUUCACCGAGACAUCUAUGCCCUUCGCUCUGUUACCAACCCAAACCAUGCCUGAGAACUACACGAGCCAAUCUAUACCAUCGGCAUCACUGCCUCCAGCUGUCUUCAGCAAGGAAAUCCUACCCAUCGGUCAGUUCUCGAACAAUGAUCUGGCAACUUUUGACAGUAUCAAUCCAACCUCAUUCCUCCACAACCAGGUUCUUCCUCUGUCGGAUGUGCCGGCCUUGGAAUAUGAGAACGUGUCAGAUGAAGCUGCGCAUGGCCGUAGACAAUGGACCGACUCCCCCAUGCCAGAUGAGAUUGACAGUUUGGCGGGUUCUGGUGAGACUGAUGACAGCUUGGAGAACUCAGAUCCUUGCUAUGCGGAAUUGCUCAGACAAGCCUUGAUGGACAAGGAAGAUGAUCACACUAUGCUUCUCAAAGACCUCUACGAGUGGGUUCGCACUCACAGUUCGAAAGCUCAGGAUCCUAGCAACAAGGGCUGGCAGAACAGUGUGCGCCACAAUCUCUCCAUGAACGCGAGAGUGCCUCCACCCAAUCAAGAGGCAGGCACCAAGAAGACGAGUUACUGGCGACUUACUAAGCAUGCUGUCGAGCACGGCAUUAGCUCAACUACUCGCUAUCGCAAAGACAGCAAGCGCAAGACGCAACGCAAUCCUAAUCCCGCACCGAUCCGAGUCCAGGCAGGUGCCAAGGGUGGGCAGACAACUCGCAGAUCUGUCCGCCGUCAGCAGAUGGCUGCCUCUCCACUGAGCAACCAUUCGCCCUCUUCCGAAGCGGCACGUCAACGCAAUCUUCGCCGACCACACCAGCUCCGCCAAUGUCCUACUACUCAGGCCGGUGCGUCCACAAUGCAACAAAAGCUCCCACAAACUCUACCCAUCGUUUCGUCAUCCUACUUUGGAAACACGGCAGAGAUGUUCAACGGCACCAACCCUUAUCUGGCAGACAACAACAUCGACGAAAAUCGGGAUCUUCUUGGUUCAUACUGCAGCACUCAACCAUAUCUUGACUGGUCUACCUCACCUUCACCCACGAGCCAGCCGUCCAGUGAAGCUGGCGGCUGGCGGAUGGAUCAAAAGCCUCUUGGUAUCUGA